AGGUCUGUCAAGGUGUGUAGACAUAUCGUGUAUAUAACUAAGAUUAUAUUCUGUCUGUUGUAUUGAGUCGAUGAACGCGCCCCCGUGUGUAUGUUCUUCAGGUGACUACUAUAUAAACCUCCAGGGUUGACAUUCUUCACAACUAAUAUCUGCAUCCUCCUGAUCACAUCCGACAUCCCGUCACUGACGCCAUAACAAAGAAUGUCUACACAGCGACGAGUGUUGGUGCUGGGGGCCGGUAGAGUGUCGGGGCCGGUGUACGAGGACUUGGCCGGGGAGAAGGACGUGCACGUCACUGCAGCAAGCAGGGGUAUAUUGAAUUUGGAGCAAGUUCAUCAGUUUUGUCCGGGAGCAAGGCUGGAAUGCGUGGACAUCGUACAGGACAAGAAUGCCAGAGACAGGCUCAUCGCCGAACACGACAUCGUUGUCAGUUUGGUGCACGUGUCCUUGGUACCAGACAUUGUCCGGGCCUGUGUGUCGCUCAAGAAGCACCUUGUGGCCCCCUGUUAUGUUGACCCGGAAGUACAGAAGCUACACAAGGAAGCGUCGGAUGCCGGUCUGACGGUCCUGUGUGAGUUGGGCAUCAACCCUGGCAUGGAUCAUAUGGGCGCCACGAGAACUUUCGAUGACAUCAAGCGAAGAGGAGGAACGGUGACUUCCUAUGAACUGUUGGGCGGAGCUCUUCCGGCUCCGGAAUGCGCAAACAAUCCUCUCAAGUACAAAUUCAGCUGGUGCCCCAGAAACGCCCUAUGGAAGUACACAAAGGCAAGCGCCUAUCUGAAAAACGGAAAGAUGACGGAGCUCCCAGCAGGGACUGCCGUUAUGGAAUCUGCGCAGGACAUCGACAUUGGCCAGGGCUUCAAACUGGAGAGCUUUCCCUACGGAUUCAACCCCAGGCUUCUCCCCCUCUACGGAAUAGAGACAGUCCACACAUUCUUCAAGGGAUCUAUGAGAUACAGGGGGUUCUGUGCCAGUAUACUGAGCUUGAUGAAACUUGGCCUUUACCGUACCUCCACCCACGAUCUACUGCGCACAGGCGCAAGAGGAGUCACGUGGAGAAACUAUAUUUGCCACGAGCUGGGAUUGAACUAUAAUGUCAAAGAUGAAAUCCUGAAGUUGAAGGUCAAGGACAAACUAGGAGGAAGAGACCAGUUAGACAUCGUCCAAAAACUUGGUUUUCUUGGAGCUGAAGAUAUUGAACCGAAAGGGACCCCAUUUGACACCUUCGUUUGCUACAUGGAAAAACGGCGCGACUUCAUGAUGGGGCCGGAUGAACGCGACGUGGGCCUGUUGGUUAUGACGGUUACCGGAAGUUUCCCCGACGGCUCAAGCGAGACCCGGAAGUUGGGUCUGACAGUGUACGGGGAUGCCGGAAAGCACACUGGCAUGGCCAAAAUCGUCGGCCAUUGUUUAUCCAGUGCGGUCAGGUUGAUACUGAAUGGGGAGAUAACUGAGCGAGGAAUCGUGAUGCCGAUUACCCCCAGCGUCUACAAACCUCUACUGGCGGAGAUGGAGAAAAAGGGGAUUGCCUUUGUUGAGAGAAAAUGAUUUAAAGUUAUUUCAGUAAACCCAUUCAGUAGACACUCUUGGGCAUAAAAAAACUUAUCAUCGUGUUUUAAUGUCAGAAAAGGGAAAACAAACACGUAUAUCGUUCUUGUUGUCGAAACUUGUAAAACUGAAAUUGUUCCUGUUAAUGUUGUUUCCGGGUGACUAACCACGAGUGUGUCCGUCUCCUGCGGCCGUCCACGUAUAAAUAGCAAUGCAACUGGCUUGAUAACUUGAUUACAUUUUCCUUGAAAGUUCAGUAUACCAUUUAUGGUCACUAGGGUCAUUGCAAAUGCCUCCCCAUAACAUCACACCAACUCCUCCAUAUGGGAGGACCUCUUGGAUGCAUCCCGGCGCGAGAGGUUGCCCUCUUCGUCUGUACACGCAUCUUCCCGAGAUCUUGCCUCGGGAAGAUGCUGUACGCGCGGACUGUUCCAUCAACCCAAAGACGUAUAUACGUCUUUGAUCAACCCGAUGCAGAGUGACGAGACGUUCGUCCAUGAAGAGUACCGUCUGCCAGUCACGUCGCUGGUAACGUCGUACAGUUCUUGCGCAUUGCAUUUUGAGACAUCGACAUCGACAUGGGGUCAGUAUCAUAAUACUAUUCCACGUACCAACAAUCGUACGGAUAACGUAACGUCUGUAACGUUAGAAAAGUGUUGAUAUCGUUCGUCUGGAGCGGCAAAGGGUUCUUGCGAUAUGUGCACCCGUGUCGCCCGCAUUUGUACUAUAUCACAUUCAGUCAUUGUGAUUUUAAUGGAAAAACGAUAUUUCAGUGAGAAGUCUUUUUUGCCCGUCGGUUUAGAUGAAAAUAUAAGACUAACCCGACACACUUAGUGUAGAUAAAGGGGCGGUGGGGUAGCCUAGUGGUUAAAGCGUUCGCUCGUCACGCCGAAGAUCCGGGUUCGAUUCCCCACAUGGGUACAAUGUGUGAAGCCCAUUUCUGGUGUCCCCCGCCGUGAUAUUGCUGGAAUAUUGGUAAAAGCGGCGUAAAACCAUACUCACUCACUCAUUCAUUACUGUACUCUCCAAGGUUACAUUAAUUGUUACUCACUCACUCACUAGUGUAGAUAAAAAAAUUUGUAAAAACUAAUCAAUCGAUACUCCAAACAAGACACCAAAAUACGAGAGAGUUCGGAAAUUACUACUUUAUAACUAAAGCGAUAGCUUACUCUAACUGUAACUACAAUAAGUUUGUGAAGUUUUGGUCCAGUUGCCACAAACUAUUUUUGUAACCAUAUCAACUCAAAUACUGAAUUAUCUGAGUUCAUAUGCCCCCAUGAUGUAUGAUUCUGUUGUUGUUUUAAGAAUCGCUGUAUGAACAUUAAUAUGUAUGAAAUGCUGUACGACAAAAAAAGUGGAAUAAUAAAAAAAAAGGACACCAAAAUACAGAAUGUGUAACUUCUCAAGCUUUUAAUUUGUUUAUAUGUAUAUGAAAAAACAUUUUUUUUAUUAAUUUAAAGUUGCUUUCCUAUUCAAGGGUACUAAGAUAUUAUCUUUAACAUUUUGAUAGGUCAAACCGUUUUAUUGCUUUCCAGAUUAUUUUUGACCAGGUUUAUUUAUUUCAAAGUGGUUUCUAUUUUUAAACACAGUUCUUUAUGAAAAGCACCGGUACACGGAGAUUGAAACUUUAGUCGUGCAGGAUAUGCCUUGUUCCUAGCACAAUGACGUGACCUAAUCAAGUACACACAAGCUUAUACAACAAAUCUUUGAAAAUCAAUACAUAUUUUACCAAGUCUCCUUCGAAACAAUUUAUUUCAUACACAAUUACACAGCCACAGAUUACAUUUUACAAACUGGUGCAGGAAUGAGUGAUGGUUAAAAAGACAUAAUCAAAUUGAACAACAGUUUCAUUUACAUAAAAAAAAAAAACUUGGUAUACUUUCUUUAGCCCCUCAGUUUAGUAGAAUUAUCAUAUACACCGAAAUAAAUUUAAUAUAUAUUUUAU